AUGAACCUCGUUCCCGAACAUGUGGAGACUAGAACCCUAUUCACAGAUAUGGGCGGCAACACGCCUUGCGGGGAGCUACGUAUGUUUGUCGAUCUUUUUCCGCUGAGCUAUGGGCCAGUGCCGCCAUCGAUAGAUAUUACCCCUCGUGAUCCAGAGAAGUAUCAGCUACGCGUAGCUCUAUUCAACGUGACUGGAGCGAUUCCCGUAAAGAGGAGUUUCGGAUUACCGACGGCGGACUUGUACGUGAAAGUCUUCGCAAAUGGAGCACAGAAGCCACAAAAAUCAGACGUGCAUUUUCGGUCAACGGACGGAUGUGGUGAAUUCAAUUGGCGCUUCGUUAUUGACAUCGCGUUCAACCCAUGGGAAAGGAAGCUUGUCAGCUCUCACAAGAAGAGACUGUUCAGGAAGGCCAGUGAGGAAUUAGUGGAACCACUCCUAAUCAUUCAAUUGUGGGAUAAGAAUAAAUUCCGUAAAGAUGUGAUGUUAGGGCAAAUGGCCAUGGAUUUGACGCAUUUUAAAGAGGGAAUAGCCGAUCCAGAGGAUAUUGGUAUCAUAAGGAAACGAAGGGUGCGGGAUCGAUGUAAUCUGUGCAGUCGACGAUGCUGUUGUGUAAGGAUAUGCAUUUUUUGUAAGGAUACCCGAUGUGGAUGCAAAUUACGCAAAAACACCAAAGUACCGUACCCAGUGCCAAUGAAGUAUCGAGUGCCACCUGAUGAUGAACUAAACUCGGUGAAUCUGUUCGAUUCAAACACAUUACGAGGAUGGUGGCCUGUACUCACCAACAAACGCCAUCACAUGAUUGCUAAGAGGGACGAGAGACAGUUCAUGAUUUUCAUGGAAAGGGAAAAGAGAAGAGAUGAAAAUCUUUGA